CGCGCGCUGACGUUUGCGGGGCUUCCCCUUCGGCUCGUCAGACCAGAGCUCAGGGCAGCGCGAGCGGACGCCAGGUAAACAUGGCCCUCAACCGGAAUCAUUCACAGAACGGCGGCGUCUUGGUGAACAACGGAGAAAGUGUCUUGAGGGAGUGCAAGAAUGUGGAGCUGUCAUUCAGUGAUGUCACCUGCAAGACAGACCUACUGAAGGGGACCAAGAAGGGCACGGUUUUCCUCACACCAUACAGGUUGCUGUUUGUGUCCAGUAACAUCAAGGACUGCCUGGGGUCUGCCAUGUUCCCCUACUAUUUGAUGAAAGGCUGCAGCAUUGAGCAGCCAGUCUUUGCAGCCAACUACAUAAAAGGGACAGUGUCAGCUGAGCCUGGUGGUGGCUGGGAGGGCCAGGCUAACUUCAAGAUGUCCUUCACCAGUGGGGGCGCGAUAGAGCUGGGACAGCAUCUUUUCAAACUGGCCACAAAUGCAUCCCGUGCUGCUCCUGCCCAGAACGGCGCUGCCUCUUUUGGCUAUCCUUCCCCUGGAAUGAUGAAUGGCUAUGGCCCGCCACCUGCUCCUCAAAACUAUCCAUAUGCACCCCCCCCUCAGCAGAAUGGAUUUUACCAGGGUCCUCCACCUCCCGCUGCGAACAUGGGCUACCCCUAUCCAACAGCCGCCGCAGGAGUGUACCCAUCUGCUCCUGCCUACAUGGCCCCACCUCCUCCGUACCCUGGGCCACCCCAAAAUUGGGCCGCACCCCCCCAGAACUGGACUGCACCACCACCCCCUCCAGGUAACUCCAAGGCAGCAGAAGCAGCAGGCAGCGCUUAUUACAAUCCCAACAAUCCACACAACGUCUACAUGCCCAUGGAGCAGCCUCCUCCUUAUGCACCUUACCCAAACACUCCUGAGAAGAAAAACAACUGAGUCUCAAGCACUAUCACUUUAAUUACCCUGCUCUCUCCUCUCUAUCUGAAAUAUAUUCUAAAGCAAGAAGUAAUCCUGUUGGAUAUGAUUAUUUUCUUAUAACUACAUGAUUGUAGAGUACAGAAAAGAAAAAGAUUUGUAAUUGAAGAAGGGCUCCAGGAUGUCGAUGACAGUUCACAAGUGAAUUAAUGAUAUUUCUGAUACUGGAAUGUGUUAGAAAACAAUCGGACCUUUUAAAUCCUAGUUUGUUUUUCUGUUUUCUUUGAGGUCAUUUUAAACUCUAUUGCCAACUGUGCUGUUUUAUGACUUUUUGACACUCGUUAGAGAUAGCAUUCUUAAUGGUUGGAUAAUUUUUUUCUGUCUGUUUGAAUUUGCAGUUUCCCAAUAGUUAGGAUAUGGCAACUUAACCCUGCCUGUUUGAAAGAGCUGAAAUGAAAAAGGCAGUAUGGGAAACAUAUUUUUAAAGACAGAAGUUUAUUACCAAAACAUUUUGUAGCGAUUUUACUGAUUGCAGUUCUCACACUUACUAAUGAGCAAAUUCUACCAUAACCAGCAGUGUAAAGUAUUUUUCCAGUUUUGCUACAUUAUACAUACAAUAUACAUACAAGUAUUGUCUGUGUUUCAUAUAAUUUACUGCUUUUUAAAGACCUAGACAUUAAUUAUGAUUCCAGAUACCAGAAAUGGGUUGAAUUGUGUUUGGUAACACUAUAUCAUUUCAGCUACAUUGGCUCACCGAGCAAAUGCAACAUUUUUGUGACCAUCAUUUGAAUCACAAUGUAUCCCAGAUCUCACAAUCUGCCGCAUAAUCCAUAAUAGAGAUAUAGCAUGAUGUUUGAGAAAGGGGAUCAGAUUUCUUACAUACCAAUAAGUCUAUGUGCAAUAUUUCAGUAUCAUCUAACAAGCUUGUGGGUGACAGGGAAGCUGUGGUUACCUGAAUAACCCUGUGCCCUCAGCCCUAGCUUCUAUUGUAUUUAUGUAUGCAAAGCCAAGCCGAAACCAGAAGUCUCCUCUCUGUAAUUACACCAGUAUGAGGUUACAAGGCCACACCGUUAUAUCAAGGCCCAUCAGUGUUUUGCCUGCAGUAGUACCUUCUGAACGCAAGCCAUUUAUUCCUGAUUAAACCGGGGUGAGGUGACUAACGGACCGUAUAAUUGCAUCCCUCUGUGUGCAUCGAUUUGAGACCUUUUUGCACUUGUUUCAUUGGACAGAGGAUUGCUGGGUUUGGGUUUUAGUUUGCUUGAAUUAGUCAGAUGUCUGUAUAUUAAUAUCUUGUUUGCAAUUCCUAUUCCUAAUAUUGGAUUCCGUCUAUAUCAAUUAAAAGUUAUGAUGUCUAUAUAAAUAAAGACCGAUUGGUUUUCGCUUUUUGUAA